AUGAAGAUUCUAGCAGUUAUUCUAGCCACCAUCUGGGCGGGAUGGAAGAUCGACUUUGAAAGAAUGGAUGAAGUAGCUCAAUUUGCUCAGUUCGAAGCUUGCAAAUCAGCUGUUCAAGACGUUCUCUACGCGAAUCCGAUCCAAAACGGCGAAUUCAGUUGCGAUUUUCUCGAUUCUCCUGUCCCUCAUCAUACUAUCUCGUGCGCAGCGCACUGUGACGACGACAUCGAACAUGAAGCCCAAUGGAAAAAGUCCGAGUUUUUCGUUCAAUGCCGACCAGAGCCAAAGACAGUGACGAAAAUUAAAGGAGAACAAAGCUGCUUUGAAGUUUUGGAGGACAAGUGCAAGCCAUUUUAUGAUGAAACUCUCUUUCCAAUGGGUGCCUUCAUUCUCAAGCGCCACGGAAAAAGACCGCCACACAAGCUCGCCCGAUUCGAGCUUCGAUGCCACGACUAUGGCAGAAAAGCAAAAGCAACGUGCAUGUCAAACAUCGGCACGCUCAAAGUAAAACCAUCAAAUCUUUUGGAAACUCUUUGUCUUCCUUACUGUGACCCUCCAGAAGCAAUCGGAGGAGAGUGGAUCUUUGUCAAGCAGAAACAGAACGGAGACCGAGUUUUCAAGCUCAUUUGUCCGGCUCUGGGAACAGAGAUGGAUGGAAACAUCAUUUGCAAGAAAAUGACCGGCGAGUUCAAACACAAGAUUUACAACGAAGAGGAUUUCUUAACAUUCUGUGAGCCUGAAGCACACAUAUUUUCCAGGAUGAUUUCUCGACCCUUUUUAAAGCCUAUCGACGCCUGGAUUUCCGCCGCUGAUCCUCCCCGUCCUACUUUAGAGGGUCGAGGAGCGAUGCGCGCUGACAUCAAAAAAUGGCAGUUCAAAAAAGACAAAGAAGGUGCCUGGAUCGUCCCAAUUUGGCAAGACGACAGUUUUGUCGAGAACAUUCUCACCCCUCUGAACACUUGGGAGCGAGUUGAUUGGAUCAACAAGGAGCUCAACAAAUGCGUCAAAUUCGUAGAAAUUGAAAGAAGACAUCGAAGACGAUACACUCAUCGUCUUCGAUUGGUCGGAAAUCAAAAGCUUCCGUGCUUCUCGUACAUUGGCGCUCAGGAAGAAGGAGAUCAGGACAUCGGCUGGGUUGAAAAAUGCUCUUCAGGAGGACACAUCGGUGCUUAUUUGAUGACUGCGCUUGGCUUCACCUACGAACACAUGCGGCCGGACCGAGACGAUUACGUCGACAUUGAUUGGUCCUCCGUCGGAGUUGGCAGGGACUACGCUUUUCUCAAGCUGCCGUUUGAGCUGAAUGAAGAUCUUGGAUUGCCAUACGAUUACCGGUCGGUCCUCCACUUUGGUACUUACCACCUCGGGCAGGUCAACAGAGACGGUUCUCGAAACCCCGUCAUGACGAAAAAAGACGGGUCCGAAAUAAAACCCAAUCGACUUCGACUCACCUCAAUGGAUGCAGCAAAGAUCUGCAAAGCCUAUGGUUGCAAUGACGGCUGCGGUCAUCAAUGGACCACCUGUCGAAACGGAGAGCCUCUUUUUGCCCAUCGUCAUUGCGACGGUUACGUUGACUGCGAAGAUGGAAGUGAUGAGGACGGCUGCAAUGAUACGAUUUUCACAAGUUGCUGUACUAAAUUCUCCGUUGAUUUGGGCAAAUCGGACACAAAUGUGAUUUUCCAACAUAUCGGGAUGUACAAUGGACGAAUGGCGUACAUUUCUAAUCAUCCUCACGGAAAAUAUCUUUAUUUCCGUCAAGGAAAAUGGGCGAUCGGCGAGCUGCUCGGCGGCCAAUACGCAUGGUACUGGACAGACGAUGCUGAAAUUGAUCAAGCGAGUCUCUUUGCUUCCUUGGGAUCAAAUCGAGAAGUUGAGAAGCCGACCAUGUUCGACGAGCCCUGUCCUGAUGGGCUUGAAUUCCGAUCGACUGUCAACGUCCGCGUCUUUUUCAAACUUGACAAUUGUAUCGACGGUGGUGACCAUCCACCACCAGCUGGUCAACCAGAGGCUGGACAUCCUCUUGAGAUUCCUCAUAAACCUGCUGCUACGAAAAUUCCCGGACAAGUUGGCGGCCAUAUAAAACCAGACAGCGUCCAUGCUCCAAUCGGGCCAACUGUUGCAGCACCAACUCAGAGACCUACAGACUUGCCUGAACUUCAAACUUGCAAUAUUGGUGAUCAGAGCAAAGUUCUUGGAGGCAAGAACGUCCAUUGGUUUGCCGGAACCAUCUGCGAAAUCGAGUGCAAGGUCAACAAUCGCGUCGGAAUCUGCGGACCCGAGGAUAAAUACCCCAUGUUCGAGAAAGAACAUCAACCGGGAAAAAUCAGAUGUCUUUCCACAGGAACCUGGGAUUACUUCCCAACCUGCAAGUGCCAAAAAGACGAUUGUAUGGCACCAAAAACACUCUUUACGAAACGAGAACUGAACGUUGUCGGAAGCUACUACGAUUGCAUGCAUCCUGAUCCUGAGCUGAAUAAAAUCGUCAGUAAGACGUAUUUGAGAAAGAAUCCGCUUGGAACAGUUUGCGAAGCAAAAUGCCCAGAUUCUCAUUAUUUGGAGUGCUACGGCAUGAACAAAUAUACAACCUGCAGUAUCAACACCAGCUACAAGCCAACAUUUGACCAAACUCAUCAAUGCAACUGCGUCGGCAAGUGUGGCGAUCCAAAGGACUCCCUUCUCAUUGGAGAAAAAGUCGUGGUUCCGUGCCUCGAAACAGAUCAAUUCUGUCAUCUACAGUGUCCUAGCUGGGAUGGAAAGAACUGGGAGCUUCGAUUCGGAACUCAGAACUUUGUGAAGUGGGAUGGUUGGCUCGAAUGUAAAUGCAAAGUCGGCCAAGAAUGCGCCUGGUACGCAAAUAAUCAGCCAGCAAUGGACUAUAUCCACUGUGUCGAGCACUCAACCGACAUCAGAAGAGAAGGAAGAAACACAACAACAGUUUCUGACUAA